CGCGCGGAGCCCGCAGCCCGACGCCCGCCCCUCCCGGGCGGCGCGCUCCCCGGCGGCCGCGGCCUGACGCGCGCCUCCCGGCUCUGCCCGCAGGUCCCGGGCGCGCAGCCCUCGGCCCGCCGCCGCCCGCCCGGGCCCCGGAGCGGGGUGGAGAAGCGCCCCGAGGAGCCGGGGCCGGCGCCGCGCGCCCCCGACAUGGUGGGCCACCUGCAUCUGCAGGGCAUGGAGGAGAGCCUCAAGGAGAGGAGCCGGGAGGGCCUGCUGGACAGCCCCGACUCCGGGUUGCCCCCCAGCCCCAGCCCCAGCCCGCCCUUCUACGCCCUGGCGCCCGGCAUCCUCGACGUCCGCGCGGGGGUCCCUGGAGCCUCCUCGGAGCCCCCCGGUCCCUGCGAGGCCAGAGCGGUGCGUCCCUGACUGCGAAGGUGUCUAAGCAAGCCCAGCUGGAAGAGAGCCAGCUGUCGUGUGAAGCUCUGGAGUCCCAUGCCCUCAUCCUGCUGCCCUUGUUGCUCUGGCUCCUGGCUGAGGAGAUGCCCCCACCCCUGCCCCUGAAUCCCCCAGCACUGGAGAUGAAGCCCCGGAUGCUGCCUGUGUUCUUCGGGGAGAGCAUUGAAGUGAACCCAGAACCCACACAUGAGAUUCGCUGCAACUCUGAGGUCAAGUACGCCUCGGAGAAGCACUUCCGGGACAACAUCUUCUACGCGCCCGUGCCCACCGUGACGGCCUACAGCGAGACGAUCGUGGCGGCGCCCAACUGCACGUGGCGCAACUACCGCAGCCAGCUGACCCUGGAGCCGCGGCCGCGCGCGCUGCGCUUCCGCAGCACCACCAUCAUCUUCCCCAAGCACGCGCGGAGCACUUUCCGGACCACCCUGCACUGCAGCCUGGGCCGGCCCAGCCGCCGCUUCACCGCCAGCGUGCAGCUCCAGCCGUGCGCCCGCCCCGGGCCUGGCCUCCUGGGGCCCGCGGCGCUCUAGGCGGCGCCCGGGGCCGAGUCGGGUAGAGCCCCGGGGGGCCGAGGGCGACUCCGCGCUCGGCCAGGGCCUGGGCAGGAGGGAGGCCGACGGUCUCUAACCCGUUCCACUGUGGCGGACUAUACACAUUUAAUUAGCGCGCAGGCAGAGAAGGUGGCCACCUUGGUGUGCCCUUGAAUCCGGGAACAGCCCUGAGCGCUGUAAGGGGGGUGUCCCAGCGUUGGCUGGGGGAGCCUGCUGCAGUUCCUUGAGACCCUGGCCACCCUGACCAUCCAGAGCUGGUGGCCUGGUUCUUGAUGCUCCUGGGAAGGGGCAGUCCCAAAGCCAGCCUUUCAGACGAGCACAGCCUGGCACGGAGAGGUACAGGCUGAGAGCUAUGGCUGAGCAGCCCCUGCUGGCCGUUGAGCCAGGAGGUUGGGCAGCGGCUGGGCACUGGUGGUUGUGGGCAGGGUGGCAGCCAGAAGAUGGUGCCUUAGCUGUUUCUGGGUGCUGUGCUCCAGUGCAGCGCCGAAGAUUGAGGGCAUAGGCCAUGUGUGCUGAGGCCUUCGAGCUCUGGGUCCCCAGCCUCACCCCAGGGCUUGCCCGCUCUGUGCACACAAUGUCCUCUGGACCAGGACUCAUCAGAGCCUUUGUGCAGGGUGCGAGGGGAGGUGUCUAAGCUCUUGGAAAUGUCUGCUUCCACCUGCGUGAGGCUCUGGCCUCUGCUGUCCUCACUCACGCCACCUGCUAGCAUGUGAUGACUCCACCUGUUCUCUUCCAGUGCUGCAGGCUUGCAGCACACACAUGAUGUUGGGACAGGAAGACCAGAGAGACUCGUGCUCCCAGGGAGUGGCAGGGCUGGGGGCCCACAGUCCUGUGCUGCCUGGGGUGAGUGCCCCCGCAGCCCCCAGUGUGGUCUUAGAGAUGCCCCCUGAUCUGAAUGGACCAGCAGGUUGGGGGCCGCCACACUAUUCCCCUGGUCACCCCCAGGGCGGGGCAAAGGCUCUGGGGCUGCAGCUCCCAUGCUCCAGAGUUGCUUUCUGAUCAACAGAAAUAACUUAAGAAAUAGAUUGUCUUAAUAAAACGUGCAAAUCCAAA